AGCAGYGUGCUCAACAAACGGUGAACUUGUUUGUACCGGAAGUCAGUCUGUGUUUGUCGGUAGCGCCUUUUCCAUUACAUGUCAAUCAAAUGUACCUCUAAUGUAGGCUACCUAUACUAAAAUCGAUGGAACUAGUGCGCGUAAAAGUAUAAUCACAUUGGCUUUGAAUAAGACCACGUUCUACAAUGACAGUCACAUCAUGGAAAUGGCAUACAAAGACAGAGUAAAGGCUACGGCCGAUUUGCAGAAUGGCACUGUGUGUAUCACAUUUGAUCCUGCCGUUCCAAAGGACAGCGGGUCUUAUAAGAUAACAUAUAAAACACCGAAAGACGUCCUAGACCAGGAAACGUCUACACAAGUGAWCGUGUUCGUACCACCUACUAUUUCUGGAUGUGGAAACAGAACAUUCAUAGAAGGAAAUAAUGGAUCUGUGUCUUGUCAUAUCUCCGGAAGUGAGCCUAUAACCACGAUUUGGAACAACAGCAAAAAUACUUGGAAUAGCAAGAAUCUUAUGUUGCAAGAGAUAGAACGAGGAGACCAAGGGUGGUACGACUUUGUCGCAAUAAACAAAAUGGAAUGCAAGACGUUCACUGCCGUCAAGAUAAUUUUUAUCCAAGUACACU